AUGUGCGACGAUGAUAUAUAUAAGACGGCCUUUCGCACACAUGAUGGCCAUUUUGAGUUCCUGGUCAUGCCAUUCGGUCUAACGAACGCGCCCUCCACCUUCCAGGCGGGGAUGAACACAUUGUUUCGGCCGUUCUUGCGGCAAUUUGUGAUCGUCUUCUUCGACGACAUACUCAUCUACAGUCCAACUCUCCCGUCGCACGUUCGCCAUUUGAAUGAGGUCCUGACUAUUCUGACGACGAACAACUUCUUUGUUAAGUUAUCUAAGUGCACCUUCGCGUGUACGACGGUCGAGUACCUUGGUCAUCUAAUCACGGACGGGCACCUAAAGGCGGAUCCCUCUAAGAUCGAGGCAAUGCAAGCAUGGCCUGUCCCCGGCUCGACACGACAGCUUCGCGGUUUUCUGGGGCUCACGGGUUACUACAGACGCUUCGUUAAGCACUAUGCGUCGAUAGCGGGUCCACUCACGGACUUAUUAAAGAAGGACUCAUUUAAAUGGACACCAGAGGCGGAAUCCAGUUUUGUGGCCUUGAAGGAAGCGAUGUCAUCUGCUCCUGUUCUUCGGUUUCCCGAUUUCACACGGAAUUUUUACUUAGAGACGGACGCGUCGGAUUUUGGAGUCGGGGCUGUGUUGCUACAAGAUGGCCACCCCUUGGCAUUUUUGGAGACCGAGAGCACGGCAGAUUUGAUCGAGCUGCGAUCAGCAUUGGAGGCAGGGACGGCUAAACCAGAUGUGACGUUGGUGGAUGGCAUGUUGUAUUAA